UAUAAAAACAUUUACUUAGUAAUGGACUUACAUUCUAGCACCAAAUUAUUACUAACUGCGAUAUUUAUUCGAGGAACGUGUUCUGCAGAUAUUCCUGGUUGGCGACCAAACUACUUAGACACUUUUAGAUUUAUUCCUGUACCGGGAGACUGUUACCAGUUAUACCAUCGCAAUGAUUUGAUAUCGUCUUGCAGGAGAGAAGCGAACUUUGAAAAUCAAUCCUGCAUCGAAUGGGUGUCAGGCGAUCACGAAUGUAUCGGGCUUGUAACACCCACAAAUGAGACGGUAAUGUUUCGAUGCACCUCCCAUAUCAGAUUUGAUAAGUGUUUCGAAGUAUACGACGCCAAUCAAAAUGUAAGCAUCGUAUGCCAGGAAUCAGUUGAAGGUCAUGGGACGCAGAAGCUAGAAGCUGCUAUAAGGUAUAUAACUCAACAGAAGUGGUAA